AUGGCAGAGCUUGUUCCCCCACCGUCAGUUAGAGGUAUGACAAAACUCGAUCGGUCUCUUUUUAACAGCACAAUUACAGUUCCGAGCCUUCUAGUCAAGACCAAGUCGGUCGUACCCUUGAAAGAUAUUUUUAAACAAUAUUUGCUACGGUUGCGCGCUCUCGGGCCAAUCAGACCAUUCGAAGGAGACAUAACAAAUGAGAUGAAAGAAGUAAUUCUUAAUCCCAAACUAGUAUCUUGCUUUACUGACAUACAACCGCCUCAUCGAGAAAAGCUCGAACAAUUUGAGGUUACUGAGUCAAAUUUCAAGACAUGUUCGUUGAAUUUGUCAUAUGAUAACUGGACUGCAGACGACAUUCUUAAAGCAGUGUUGCCACUCUCAGAGGGAGUUGAUAACAAUUUCUCUGGAUAUUCCAUGGUGGGACAUAUAGUCCAUGUGAAUCUCAAGGAACACCUUCUAGAUUACAAGUAUGUCAUCGGAGAGGUUCUUCUUGACAAGCUCAAACGAGUACGAACAGUUGUAAACAAAGUAGACAAUAUUGAAAAUACUUUCAGAGUCUUCAAAAUGGAGGUUUUAGCUGGAGAACCAAAUUUUGUCACUGAAGUCAAGGAAAAUUAUGUAACUUUUAAGUUUGAUUUUUCAUCUGUGUACUGGAACUCUCGACUGUCCACAGAGCAUCAGAGGAUAGUAAAUAGGUUAGAGCCAGGAAGUGUACUCUAUGAUGUAUUUGCAGGAGUAGGGCCAUUUUCAAUCCCAGCGGCUAAGAAAAAAUGUACAGUUCUAGCUAAUGAUCUCAAUCCGGAGUCUUUCAAGUGGCUGCAACACAAUGCAAAAAUCAACAAAGUUGGAAAUAACUUUAAAGCUUUCAACAAAGACGGUGCAGAUUUCAUCAAAGAGGAUAUAAAGCAACACAUUUUACAAGAGAAAGGAAAUGUGAAAUCUCACAUAGUGAUGAACUUGCCUGCUCUCGCUCACACUUUUCUUCCAUGUUUCAGGAACUUAUUUUCUGCAGAUGAUUUAGCCAGUGUGAAAUACCUUCCCUUAACUCACGUAUACUGUUUUGUCAAGGGAGUCGACAAUUAUAAAGAGAUGGCAAAAGAACUAGUUGAAAGUGAGUUGAAUUGCUCCAUCACAGAGAGUCUGGAUGAAAUUACAUUUGUACGAAAUGUUGCUCCAAAUAAAGAAAUGAUGAGGGUUUCUUUCCAACUGAAUGAGAAUAUUUUACUUGACAAGAAAAGAAUGUUAGAUUCUGAAGAAACUGGCAAACUUUACAAGAGAUCAAAAUAA